AUGGCCGAGUCCAAAAUUCCAGUAACUCAGGACGAGUUCAGCUGUUCAGUCUGUCUGGAAACACUGAGAGAUCCAAUAACUACACACUGUGGACACAGUUUCUGUAUGGUGUGUAUUAAUAACUGCUGGGAUCAGGAGGAUGAUAAGGGAACAUACAGCUGUCCACAGUGUAGACAAACAUUCACUCCAAGACCUGUUGUGAGUAAAAACAUUAUUCUGACUGGAGUUGUGGAGAACCUGAGGAAGAGAAAAUUCCAAGAUCCACUUCCUUCUGGACCUGAAGAUGUGGAGUGUGAUUCCUGCACUAGGAAAAAAUACAAAGCAGUUAAAUCCUGUCUGGUGUGUUUGGCCUCUUUCUGUGAAACUCACAUCCAACUUCACUAUGAAUCUCCUGCUUAUAAGAAGCACAAGCUGGUUGAAGCCUCCAGACGACUCAAGGAGCAGAUCUGCUCUCAGCAUUAUAAACUUCUGGAGGUUUACUGUCAUACUGAUCAGCAGUGUAUCUGCAUGUUGUGCACCAUGGAUGAUCAUAAAGGACAUGAUACAAUAUCAGCUGCAGCAGAAAGAACUGAGAAACAGAAGCAGCUGCUGGAGAUCCAGAGAAAAUUCCAGGAGAAAAUCCAGAACAGAGAGAAGGAAAUUUGUGAGUUGAUAAUCGCCGUGGAGUCUCACAAGUGUUCUGCACAGACAGCAGUGAAGAACAUUGAGAGGAUCUGUACUGAAUUAAUUAACUCAAUUAACAGAAGAUGCUCUGAGCUAAAAGAUCUGAUCAGAGAUCGAGAGACAGCAGAAGUAAGUCGAGCUGAAAAAGUCCUGAAGCAGGUGGAGCAGCAGAUUGUAGAGCUGGAGAGGAAAGAUGCUGAACUGGAACAGCUUUCACACACAGAGGAUCCCGUCCAUUUCCUCCAGAAUGUUAAGUCUCUCGAUGUUCUUAUCCACACUUUCUGUCCUGGAACCAGAAUGGAUGUUUGUCGGUUCACACUGGAUCCAAACACAGUAAAUAAAAACCUCCGUCUGUCUGAGGAGAACAAAGUGGUGACCUGCAGUGGAACAUUCCAGUCGUAUCCUGAUCAUCCAGAUAGAUUUGAUAGUUACUACCAGGGUCUGUGUAAAGAGAGUGUGAGUGGACGCUGUUACUGGGAGGUUGAGCUGAGUGGGAAUAAAAUGAUUUUUAUAGCAGUGUCAUAUAAAAGCAUCAGCAGGAAGGGAGAUGGUGUUGAGUGUGUGUUUGGACGGAAUGAUCACUCCUGGAGUUUGUUAUGUUCUCCAUCCAGUUUUUCAUUCUGGCACAAUAACAAAGAGACUGAAAUUCCCAUAAUGCCGAGUUCCUCUAGAAUAGGAGUGUAUGUGGAUUAUGAAGCAGGAACUCUGUCCUUCUACAGCGUCUCUGAUACAAUGAAGCUCCUCCACAGAGUUCAGACCACGUUCACUCAGCUCCUCUACCCGGGGUUUGGUCUUUAUUAUGGAUCAGAAGUGAAACUGUCAGAUUUAACAAAUUAAAUGUAAAAUUUACAUGAAA